CUCUUCUACGCUACCAAACUAUCACAAUCAACCUUUUUUCAUUGUCCAGAUCCUUUCAAUACUCUACAUUCUACAACAGAACACCAUGUCAUCUUAUCCCACCGAUGAGAAAACCAGAGGGUUCUCGCACCCGAUUUACUCAUCUCACAAGUAUAAAAUGUCGCAGCAACAGCAGUACCAUCCCAGUCACUCUGCACCAGUACCUCCUCCAUACCCUGGACAGUUUCAGCCGAUGCCAGGAAAUCCGCCAUAUGGAUACCCUCCCCAGCCCUAUCAGCAACCAAUGAUGGGCAACCCUCAGUACCCUCCACAGCCGCAUCACACCCAAAAUGCAGUGCGCUCCCUGAAAGUCGAGUUCUCCAGUUGGACAUCUAGACAUCUUGCUAUCAAUGAUCUUGGGCAAGGCUCGUUGCUCUAUACGGCCGACCUGCACAGCCGAAGCCCACAGAUGGAAUUCAAGAAUGCCACAACGAACCAUACCAUCGCCACGGUGCACCUCCGGACUCUAAAGCCAGAGAUUGAUAUCAAGCUUCACGGCCGAGACAUUCAUCUUCGCGUGCGCGGCACUAUGAAGAACGCAACCUCAUAUGAGUCGCUGGCGUUCCCCAACACGUAUUUUACAUGGAAGGACACCAGUGCAUGGAAGUUCCUCAACUUUGAAUGUGUGGACCAAAACAACGUUACUGUAGCCCGGUUCAAGCCGCAUUCCUCUUUCUCCAUGCGCAAGCUGGGCCAAUUAGACAUUCUGAUUCCGCCGGCGACCAGUGGAGUUGCUAUGGACGAACUGAUGCUCACGGGUGUGUCGUUUAUGUAUUACGCAUACUUGCAGCAUACGCGGAACACCACUGUCGCUGUCACUGCCUGAGUCAUCACGCUCUACACUUGACGGAACCUGCCGUGAUUUGGUGAUCAUCUUUUCUUUGGAUUCAUAUAUUUGUUUUAUUUAUUCUUUGCUUUUCCAGCGUCUGUUUCGUUUUACCCAAUCCAUUUUUUUUCUUCUCUUCCUCCCAUUUUCAUUUUCAAAUUUUUUUUUUUUAUCCCUGAACGUAUGGCAUCUUGUGGAUUAUUUGUGGAAUAAAAUACCCGGGCUCAUGUAUGAAGAAUCUCAAGUAUCAUUUAGACGGUGACCAAU